UGGAACGCACUCAGAAGCAAAUCUCUGUUCUUCUACAGUUGAAUUAGGUUUCUGACAAUCACUUCACUUGAAUCCUGCCUGAAUUCAAAUACCCUCAAAAUCACAAAGAAAUAGAAAAAAUAAAAGAAAUAAAAAAUUCCACAAAUGCGAACCCCAUGUUGCCAUACAUUUCUGGCGUUCGUCCUCAAAUUCCUGAAUUUUCUGCAGGCAUUUGUUGGUGUAGCUAUAAUUGUGUACUCUGCUUACAUGCUUAAUCAAUGGCAGCACCACCAUCACCAGAUUCCCCCGCCGCAUGAAUCUGGGACUCAGCUUCCCCUCGACGUCAUUAACCCUCUCAAUUUCGCAUCCGGCCUCGUUUCAUCCCACGAUGAUGUUUUCCGCUUCAAUUCCCUCUCUCUCCCAGCUCCAUGGUUCAUAUAUGCAUUUAUGGGGAUUGGAAUUUUGGUAUGUUGCAUUACGUGCAUUGGUCACGUUGGUGCAGAGGCGGUCAACGGCUGUUGCCUUUGUUUUUACACUGUCCUGAUGACGAUAUUUAUUCUAUUCGAAGCGGGCUUGGUGGCUUUCAUCGCUCUUGAUCAUCACUGGGAGAAGGAUAUCCCUUUCGAUCCCACUGGAGAGCUUGACAGUCUGUGGACCUUCAUUGAAGACAAUGUUGAUAUUUUUACGUGGGUCGGCAUAACUGUUAUUGUAAUACAGGUCUUAUCCCUACUUUUUGCUAUAAUACUGAGAUCCUUGGUUUCUGGGCCGCGAGAAGAUGAUGAUCUUGAGGGAGAUUAUGGUUUUAGGAGUAGUACCAGAGAACCACUGCUUGCUCCAUAUUCAAGCCAAGCAUCUGGAUCGACUAGAGGUGAUUCUGAUAUCUGGAGUUCAAGGAUGAGGGAAAAGUAUGGACUAAACAGUGGUGAAGCAAAACACAGUUUACUGGACCAAAACCCAUCCACUGAUGUCAGGCAGUGAAGUCAAUAAAGAUGGGAAAUAUCUUGGACAAAUGAAGAUCAGCGUACACCUGGUGUGUUUUUCCCUAACCAGUAGCUUAUGUGCCAUUUAAUCUUUUCCCACAUUGCUGCGUUUGAUGUAAAUAGAUCGUCCAACCAAUCUCUGCUCCCAUGAUUUCGUUGUGUAUAUUGGUAGAAAAAUGGUGUGAAUGAGUGGUGCAACUGUUGUAUAAAAAAAGAGGGAAUUGCCUUUGAUGAGUGUGCUAUAUGGUUUGCUGUAAUUAUUAAUUCUUAGCUACCGGUAA